AUGCCUCCAAAGCAGACCAAGGUUGCUGGCCGCACGAAAGAAGACACCAAGGAAGACCCUUUGCAAGCAGUUGUGGUCGCAGAUACCUUUGAGUCAAAAUUUGCGCCCUUCUCUACCGAAAGACCUAGGUGUUUGAUACCACUGGCAAAUGCGCCACUGAUCGAAUACACCCUGGAGUACCUCGCGAGUGCGGGUGUCCAAGAUGUCUUCUUUUACGCGGGAGCUCAUAUUGAACAGGUCGAGACGUAUCUCAAUGCCUCCAGAUGGAUGUCGAAGUCUUCUCCUUUGAAAAUCAUCUUGUUGAGGUGUAUGGCUACUUCCGUCGGUGACAUUAUGCGAGAUAUAGAUCAGAAGCGACUUAUCCAAGGAGACUUCAUCUGUGUUAGCGGCGAUAUUAUCUCGGAUUUCCCAAUCAGCAAAGCACUUAGAGUACACAAGCAACGUCGUGAGAAGGACAAGGAUGCUAUUAUGACAAUUCUCGUACGGGAAAGAAACCAGAGCGACCAUCGACAUAAAGACCAGAUUGUGCCUACAUUCGUCAUCGACCCUACCAAAGAUCGAAUCCUUCACUACGAAGAAAGCUUCGCUGGCACAGCAUUUGGCACGCAUGUCGACCCAGAGAUACUCAAAACUCCGGAACUGGAUGUACGGCAGGAUUUGGUCGACUGUCGCAUCGAUAUUGGCACACCGGACAUGCUAAGCUUAUGGUCCGACAAUUUCGACAACCAGCAUCCUCGUAAAGACUUCUUGUAUGGAGUGCUGAAGGAUUACGAGCUAAAUGGCAAGACGAUACACACAUAUGUUGUUGAUGAACACUAUGCACAUAGGGUCGAUAGUCCUGCUGCGUAUGCUGCUAUCACGUACGACCUGCAGCAUGGCAUUGCAAGUUCACUAGCGUUAUCCAACAAUAUCGCCGGCACUAGAUUCCAACGAUCACGAAAGAACAUCCUGAAAGAGGAUGACGUUAUCAUUCAGAGACCCACACGACUGGACCACGGCACGAUCGUUGGUUCGGGUACUAGCAUAGGAGCCAGUACCAGUAUACGGAAAACAAUCGUAGGUAGACGUUGUCAGAUCGGCAAGAGAGCGAAUAUUGACUCAGCUUUCAUUUGGGACGAUGUUACUAUCGGAAGCGACGUGAAAAUUAGCCGCGCCAUCGUUGGUAGCGAAACGUUCAUUGGCGACAAAUGUGUGAUCGAGGAUGGUGCCUUGAUCUCUUUCGGUUCCAGAAUACCCGCAGGCAGUCAUAUUCCGCCAGGCGAACGAGUCACAUCCACGUCAAGCUUCAAUAAGGACGGAACGCUAGCAAAAGAUCCAGCAGCGGAUGCCUUUGAAAGUGAUGAGGACGAGCCUACAUAUGAAAGUCAAUGGGCGAGACCUUUCUACGGACAACAAGAAUUCGCAGAAUCCACCUUUUCGCUUGAUUCGGAUGCUUCAGAGCCCUCCGAUGAGAUAUCCAAGGAUGGCUCGAGAAGCGCAAGUUUUGUGACGCAUGGAUCAGAAGAAGACACAAGUGAACGGUUCGUCCACGAUACAGCUGCUAUAUUGGUGCAACGAAUGCAGGAAGACAGAAACUCGGACGAUAUGCAGAGCGAGUUGAUGGGAUUGAGAUUCAGUGGCGGAGCAGAUGGGGGUCAGGUGCAGAAAGCGGUAGCCAUCGCUCUGUCCAGGCACAUACAUAGUGAGGUCGACAAUGGAGCGAGCGCGGAUAAGGCGACAAGAAAAACCCUAGAGCAAUAUCGAAACCUGGUCAGAAGACCAAACGCAGAACAGACAAUCGAAGAGCAAGUAGUCUUUUUGCUUGAGGCUCAGCUGGACCUGUCGAGGAGGACGGAUGGUGCUAGGAUUAUGCCGUUCUUCGUGAAAGACUUAUACGACCUCGAAGUGUUUGAGGAAGAGGCAUUCACCAAAUGGUUCGAUGAUGAGCGAUCAAAAGAGGACAAUGUCGCUGCGACACGAGAUGCUGCUGAGCCGUUCAUUGACUGGCUGGCAGCCACGGAUGAGGAAGAGAGUGAAGAGGAGGAAGAGGAUGACGAUGGCGAGGAGGAUUGA